UGAAGCUGUGGUGCGUGGAAUACAAAGGUAGUUGGUUUGCUUUAGUAAAGUGGUUUAAUAAUUCUAAGAAUGAAUAUAUUAAAGAAUGUGUCAUCGGCUUUUUGGUCAACUGAUGUUUGGUUACCGCCUAACAUAACGUGGGAUGAUAUAAAACCAAAUUCAGAGAACAAAUAUGCAGACUAUCAACAUUUAAUUUAUCCUUUACCUAUGUCACUUGUUCUUUUGGUAAUCAGAUACGCCCUAGAAAGGUAUUGUUUUGCACCUAUUGGAAAAUCUCUUGGUAUAAAAAAUACAAGAGUAAAGAAAGCUGCUGUAAAUGAAGUAUUAGAGAAAGCCUAUGCUAGAGGAAAAAUUAAACAUAAGCUGAUUCUGGCACUGGCUAAACAAUUAGAUUGGUCUGAACGACAAGUAGAAAGAUGGUUGCGAUUAAGACGUACUCAAGAUAAGCCAUCAACACUUACAAAAUUUUGUGAAAACAGCUGGCGAUGUUUGUAUUAUACUUAUUCAUUUUUCUAUGGACUUAUUUCUUUAUGGAAUAAGCCAUGGUUAUGGGAUAUAAACCAUUGCUAUUAUAAUUAUCCAUAUCAUCCAGUUUCAAGUGAUGUAUGGUGGUAUUAUAUGAUAUCAAUGGCAUUUUACUGGUCACUAAGUUUUUCUCAAUUUUUUGAUGUAAAAAGAAAAGAUUUUUGGCAAAUGUUUAUUCAUCAUAUAGCUACAAUUAUAUUAAUGUGUUUCUCAUGGGUUGGAAAUUUGACUAGAAUUGGCACAUUAGUAUUGUUAGUACAUGAUUGUGCAGAUAUUUUUCUAGAAGCUGCAAAAAUGGCAAAGUAUGCUAAGUACCAAAAAUUGUGUGAUUGUAUAUUUGUUAUUUUUACAAUACUGUGGAUUAUCACACGUAUUGGUGUUUAUCCAUUUUGGAUAAUUUAUAGCACAUCAAUAGAGGCACCUAAGAUAGUGCCCAUGUUCCCAGCAUAUUAUAUUUUCAAUUCUUUACUAAUUUUAUUGUUAUUUCUUCACAUGAUUUGGACACAUUUGAUUCUUAAAAUUGCAUACAAUGCGUUUUAUGCUGGUCAAAUGGAGGGUGAUAUUCGUAGCAGUAGUAGCGAAGAUAUUUCAGAUGCCUCCAUAGAUAGUACUUCAUUAAAUAAUUCUACAAAUUACAUUAGCAAACAAAAUUCCAAACAAAAAAUUCACUAACGAAUAACUUUUCGGGAAAAGUUAUUGUAACAGUAAU